ACACACACACACACACACACUCCCCCAGCCCUGAGUGUAGAGGAGGCGAGAGGAGUUUGUGUGUGAGUCGGACUCUGAGGUGACCUUAUAACGUCCAGGUGGAACUGCGCACACGCACACACACACGCACACAAACACACACAAAUACACACACAGAUCAUCUCGACUUACUGACCCUCAUCAUGUCACGAUUCAGUACACUUUCAGCUCAGGAGAGAAAGAAGCAAGCAGCGGCCAUUUGCAGUGAAAUCCACGGCACUGCCAAUGGUGAGAUGAUGGAUCUGGGAAAAAAGCUCUCUGUUCCUAAAGACAUCAUGCUGGAGGAGCUGUCUCUCCUGUCCAAUCGAGGAUCACGCCUCUUCAAAAUGCGCCAGCGCAGAUCCGAGAAGUACACCUUUGAGAGUAUUCAGAACGAAGCCAACACCAUCUUAAGUAGUGAAGAUCAGACCAAUGCUGAAGUUGCAGAAAACAAAACUCCAAACACUGCGGACAGCAGAAACCCAACUAACCCCGAGGAGAUUGCACCGGGUUACGGAGGUCCACUGAAGGAUAUUCCACCGGAGAGGUUCAAUGCUACGGCUCUGCCCAAAUCCUACCACUCCCCCUGGGAGCAGGCCAUCAUCAACGACCCGGUGCUGGCCGACACCCUGAAGCUCCAGAUGCCUGAUCCUGAACCCAGACCCGAGAUGCCUGACUACAAGAGUUUUAACAGGGUGGCCACGCCCUACGGAGGGUUUGAAAAAGCUCCUCGAGGAAUCACCUUCAAGGUUCCAGAGAUGGACCUGAACCCACCGAGGUACCCGGAGCUGCAGGACCCCGCGGCCAAGCGGCCCACCUUCAACCGCACAGCUCAGGGCUGGGUCUCUGACGGAGUUCCUCUCAUUUUACCCACAAUCCCUGUGGAGUCGCUGGAGAUCCCGGAGUCUGACGACCUGUAAACACCAAAUACACCUCAGCGUGACAGAGCGAGUCGGCUGGAGUCACGUCCACCAACACAGCCUUCAGCUUUACACCACUGAGGUACAGCAAGCUGCAGCUCAAAUACAAUCCUUUCUGCAGUCAGAGCUCAUGACUUCAACAUCAUCACAUUAUUUUAACGAAGAUUUCACUGGAUGAUCCACGAACACAUGAAGCUUUAACAGUGAGAACAACAGCCUUUCAAAACACACACAUAAAAUUAAUACAAACAUCACAAUAAUUAUUAUUAUAGAAUUUAAUGUGUUAAAUAAUUUAUGUAACUCAAAUUAACACAUUAACAGGACAGGAAAUGUGGAGAUGGAGUUGUUGUCUUGUUUUGUUAAAGUCUGAAAUCAUAAUUAUUUAGUAAGAAUAAAUAAAUCAUCCUCAUUGCAUCAGAACAUUUCUGUGUUCAGUACAAAUCAUUUACACAGAAUACUUUUAGUUCUGACUAAAUGACAGACCAGAACAUUUCAGAAAGAUCACAUGACCUUCAGUUUUAUUUUAUGAAACACAUUUAUACAUUGCACCUUUACAGUGAGUCAGAAAUUAAAUAUAAAUCAGAGAGAGAGAGAGAGAGAGAGAGAGAGAAUGAGUGUAAAUACAAUCUGCUGAUUUUCUGAUGCUGGUUUUAUUGUAAAAAGUUCAUGUUGUGAAAUUUGAUGUGAUUCCUGACUGAUUUGCUUUUGUUCAUUAUUUGGGAACCUGUGUGUGUGUGCGUGUGUGUUCUGGUUUGAAGUGUAAACUCCAAAAUAAAGUGUACAUUUAUCUCA